CUCUCUCUCUCUCUCUCCCCCACAUCUAUGGCGUAAGCUUGAUUCCUGAUAGUGCAAGCAAAGCAAACACCCCACACUUUUAUUUUUAUCACAACCCCCUAAAACUCUCUCUGGCCUCCUCUUUUGUCCUGUAAAAAUUCUCCUUUUUCUCUUUCUAUUUUGUUCCAACCUUUGUGCUCUCUCACUACUGCUAUAAGCCUCUUGUUUAGUGUCCCCCAACCACAACCCUUCAACCAAAACACCUUCAUUUCCUCUCUCUCUCUCUCUCACUUCUUCCAUCCCAUGGUGAUUUUCUUUGUUUAUUCCCCUGCCUCCCACUCUUAAGUUCUUCCCAUACCUUCAUCUUGCCAGGGAAUUCAGUAUUGGAGAAUUCAUUGCACAUCACCUCCAAGUCACAGGUGGAAUACCAUGGUUUCCUUCUGGUAAUCUCCAUACUCGGUUAGUUUUUCUCUCUGGAGUAUAAGAGAGAGAGAGUGUGUGUGUGUGUGUUGUUGGGUGGGGGGGAAGGUGGGUACGUUUUGUCUUAGGUUCUUCAACAUUCUGCAUCGUUGCAUGACUCCAACCAUCACAUGGAGCUGUUCUGCUUCUGUUCUUAUGUUGUACUUUGAGACAAUGAAAUGAGCAUUGGAAGACCAAGUCCUUAGGCACUGUUCAAGUUGUUGUUGUUUUCCUCAUGACUGGAAAAAAAUUUACCCCCCAGCACCCGCACAAGAGACUUCUUAGGUUAGGUGUCUUUGGGUCUUAGACUCUGGAUCUUGGUAAACCCUCCAAGGAAAAAGGGAAAGAACUGGUCUACAAUCAACAAAGACUUUCCAUUCUCAUUCCAAUUCCAUAGUGCCUUUCUUAUUCUUCCACUUGCAUAGAGUUCUUGCAAGCACAAGCCAGUGCUCUUCUUCUAUCUGUUUCCCAUUCUGUUUGCAAGGCUCAUGUAUCUAUCUUCCUCUUCUGUUAGGUUUUUAAGGUUGGGAAUAGUUUGAAGAGUAUCUAGAUAAGGUUCUCUAGAAUCUCAGAGCUUCCAAUUUUCCAGUGUCUUUCUGCCAAAACAGAAGAAAAUGGGCAAGUGGGUUCAUUAUUAGUUUAUUUAGAGUCCCAAGAACCUCAGACCUUAGCCACAGCUGAUAUUUUUCUCAUUUGAGUGGUCUAAUUCUCUCUCUGUCCUUGACCUUUUCCUUUUGGUGUCCAGGCCAAAAAAGAGCAGUAAAAAAAAAAGAAUUAGCAAAGAGAGAGAGAGGGUGAGUAAGAAAGAAUGGAUCUUUCUGGCCAUGAAGGAGAGAUCCCAAUCCCAAUAACCAGCACAUAUGUUGGAGGCCAUGGUCAGAACCAUGGCCACACCAUCAUCCAUGAUACCCCUCCCCUCCACCACCACCACCCUCCCAAUGGACCCCCCCCUCCUCCUCCCUUGUCCACAGCCACAUCAGAGGAACACCAGCACCACCCUGCCAUCCCCUACAGCACCAAGAAAGGAGUGGUGGUGAGGUACAGGGAGUGCCUCAAGAACCAUGCAGCCUCCAUUGGUGGCACUGCCACUGAUGGCUGUGGUGAGUUCAUGCCAAGUGGUGAGGAGGGCACACUGGAGGCCUUGAAGUGUUCUGCCUGCAACUGCCACAGGAACUUCCACAGGAAAGAUGUAGAAGGGGAGUCCUCCUCCUGUGACUGCUUCCACCACCUCAAGGGAAGGAAGAUGUUGGGCCAGAAGGGACUCCUGAUCUCAGGGCCAGAGGCAUUUGGCUAUGCUCCUGCUGGCAACAGCCUCAUUCCAAGGCCAUCACCACACCACAUGAUCAUGCCCCUGGGCGCCCUGCAGACCUCUGAGUCUGAUGAGAUGGAAGGGGUCGGUGGUGGGGCCAUGGUGAGGCCUCCCAUGGUGAAGAAGAGGUUCAGGACCAAGUUCACACCGGAGCAGAAGGAGAAGAUGCUGAGCUUUGCUGAGAAGGUGGGGUGGAGGCUCCAGAAGCAGGAGGAGAGUGUGGUGCAGCAGUUCUGCCAGGAGAUUGGGGUUAAGAGGAGGGUCCUCAAGGUGUGGAUGCACAACAACAAGCAUAACUUGGCUAAGAAGAGCCCCCCUCUCCAGCUUGAAUGACCGCUGAUUCCACUCCCUCUCUUGCUUUUCUCUGACUUUAUCAUGGUUUGCCGAUGCCCAAUGCCGAUUCUAGAGAUGGAUUUAGAUGGUAGAAUAUUGUUAUGACUAUCUUUUCUUGUGUUAGUCUUUCAGAUUUUUCUCUCUCGUCAGUUCGCAAUUGGCAAGGUGAUGUAGCUCAAGGAGUUUGGUAGACAUGAACCAUGGGCUCCUUUUUUUUUUUCCUUCUUUCAGUGGCUAUGAAACUUUGACAUUGGUCAUUUCAAUAUGAAUAUCGCAUUGCACUUUCAUGGAUUUUCUACAUCUGAUGAGGAAGAAGCCCCUUGAUGAACUGCUGUUUGUUUUAGUCCUUCUAUUUUCCUUCAAGCGAGGUUCCUCUGAUCCAUGAGAAGAUAAUUAAAUUGCAAUUUCAUUUGGAGCAUGGGUGCCUUCCGACUUCUUUCUUCUCAUAACUUGAGUUUAUAUGGCUGUGCCUGUCUCUCUUUGUAUGUUAGCUAGAAUUUUGGAAAUGUCGAGUCUAUCCAGAAUUUCUCUUCAACUUAGUUGGUUGCUUUCUUGUAUUGUUAGCAUUAAUUUCUUUUGUAUAUGUUUUUAUUAUAAUAUAUGACAAGUUUUCCUGCAGUCA